AUGUCUGAAGAUAUUUCUCUUACUAAAAGUUCAGACAUAUACGAGAUAAAUAUGUCUGAAGAUAUUUCUCUUACUAAAAGUUCAGACAUAUACGAGAUAAACAAUAAUGAAAAUGACAAUGAUAAUAAUAAUAAAAAUACAAAUGAUUUAAAAGAUAAAAAGAAAGAAAAAAGAGAAAAGAAAAGAAAAGAGAGAGUAAAGAUUGAUCAUAGUAUUCCAUUGAAGGAGAAACCAACAGAUGAAGACUUGGCACAACAUAAUGGAUGCCAGUUCUGGAUGGUCGUAAAAUCAAAACAUCGUGCAUACUUUUGUCCGAUUCCAAAGACAAAAAACUCUAUGUUUUGUACACAUCAUCGACCUUUAGAGGAAUGUGAAGACGAGUCAGAUCCAUUAAAGAAACGUGUAAGAUGUCCUUUGAAUCCAGCUCACAUUGUUUAUGAACAUAAACUAAAGAAACAUCUAAAGGGUUGUCCUAAUUCGAAGGAUACACAAUCGAAUGCACAUAUUUCAAGUUCAAAGAAACAGGUAUACUACAAUGAGAACAUCAAUGGAAUGCCACCUUCAUUCAAUGUCAAACCACUUUCACAUGUAUCAACUGCUCAUCUUCAUGCAAUUGCAAACAAACUAGAUAGUUUAUUUACCGAGCUAUUCCCAUUUGGUAUAAAGAUAGCUGAAUAUCAACAUUCUUCAUUUGACAAGAUUGUUGCAUCUAAUGUAAACUCUGAAAGAAAGUUAAAACAUAUACAACAAGAAUCAUCUAUUAUAACAUUGUUGGAGAAUGAACAAUUGCUGGGAAAAGAUAAUAUCUAUUUAGAGUUUGGUGCUGGUACAGGUAAGCUUGGAUAUCAUGUCUUCCAAGCACUCGAAAACAAAUCGGGGCAUAUCAUGAUCGAUCGUAUGAAAUUCAAAUCACUGAAGAGAUCAGACAGACAGAUAAAGAACGAAGCAGGCUGCAAGUACUUUGAUAGAUUCCUCAUUGACAUCAGACACCUCGACCUCGCUAAAGUAGAGCAACUCGAACAAUCAAAGUUUGUAAUCAUUAGUAAGCAUCUGUGUGGAUGUGCAACCGAUCUCACUCUCAAAUGUCUAUCGAAUGCUCUACACAAUAACACCAAACUACAACCAAACUUCAAUGGUAUUGGUAUUGCUACAUGUUGUCAUCAUUUAUGUACAUUAGAUACAUAUAUAAAUCCAUCAUUUAUAUCUGAUAGAUGUAAGCUGACAGCUGAUGAAUUCCAAUUGAUGUGUUCUAUUACCAGUUGGGCAACUAUCAAUGAGAAACAACAACAACACCAACAAUCAAGCCAAGACAAAGAUAAGGAUGAAAAUGUUAAUAACAAGAGAAUGAAACUAGAGAAUGAUAGCAAAGAGAGUGACUCGGAAGAUGAGGAUGAUAACAAGAAAUUGAAAGAGGAACAAGAUGGUAUCAACAACAAAGUGAUCAAUGAUUUGGUAAACUAUGAUAGUGUUUUUGAAAUACUUAGAAAAGAGGAUCUCGGUUACAAAGCAAAGAGAAUAUUGGACUAUGGUAGAUAUCUAUAUCUUAAAGACACACUUUCUCUUCAGCCCACAAUGCAAGUCUAUACAUCACAUUCCAAAGAGAAUAUGUUUUUGUCAACUACUUCUUCAUUUACAACAAAUAUAUAA